AAAAAACCGGGACUAAACCGGCAGAAAUACCGACGAAGCGUUGCCCGCCACACCGUGAGGUCUGUCCGCUGUCUCCUGCUGCCGGCUGCGGCUUUUCUCCCACAAAUCUCCCUGCAUCUGCACAAUGGAUCAGUUGUCAGAUGAGGAGGUGGAGGUCAGGGAGGAAGAGGAGGAGGAAGAGGAAGACAGUGAUAAGGACGACCAGGACUUGGAUAAGAUGUUUGGAGCCUGGCUUGGAGAGCUGGACAAACUCACACAGAGCCUGGACGAUGGACGCCCGGAGCGCCCUCCUCAACAGAAAGCUCCCCUCAGACAGGAGACAAACAUGGCCAACUUCUCCUACAGAUUCUCCAUCUACAACAUCAACGAGGCGUUGAAUCAGGGGGAGAAUGUGGAUCUUGACGCGCUCAUGGCUGAUCUCUGCUCUAUCGAACAGGAACUCACCACUGUCAACCCCAAGCCUAACAGCGCUGGUGGCAUGGCCCGUCUGGGGCUGACUGAUACCAAGGUCCGUCAGAAGCCUCCAGCAGGGCGCAGCAGCAGGCAGCAGCCAGCAGGAGGCGGCAGCAGUAACAGUGUUAGUGGUGGGGGUGGUAGCAGCGGGGCAAGCAGUAGCAGCAGCAGCACCAGAGCCUCACCUGCUGGCACAAUCAGAGCUGCCGCUGGGCAUCAUGGGCGGCCGGCACUGGCUUCUAACUUCAGCCUGGACGAUAUCACUGCCCAGCUGGAGAAGGCAUCUCUUAGUAUGGAUGAAGCUGCUCGUCAGACCUCCUCCCACUCUCUCAGCUCUGCCUCCACCUAUACGUCAGCCACAAUGCGACACCCCGGCUCCAGCCAGCGCCAGCAUCGACGCACCGGAUCAGUCGGCACAGUCAGCGAACAUGAAGCGCGUUCAAUAGUCCACUCCUCGCGCUCCUCCGUCACCUCGGCAUCUGGGGUUUCUGUUAACUCUGCUUCCUCCAUGGAUUCACUGGACAGUGUUCUCCGCUCCAAUGAAUCAGACGGCCAGCAGGGUUUAGUUACACUCCCAGUCGAAGGAGCCAGUCACGGUCGAGAUAACACAGAGCAUUCCUAUCUGGACAGGGAAACCUCUCUGAUUCUGAGAAACAUAGCAGGAAAACCUUCCCACCUGCUGACAAAGGAGGAGCAGGCUGCCAAGCUGAAGGCAGAUAAUAUCAGAGUUGCCUUGGAGAAGAUCAAAGAGGCCCAGGUGAAGAAGUUGGUGAUUCGUGUUCAUUUGUCAGACGAAAGCUCAAAGACCAUGAUGGUGGACGAGAGGCAGACUGUUCGACAGGUUCUGGACAGUUUGCUGGAUAAAUCUCACUGUGGUUUCAGUCCAGACUGGUCGCUGGUGGAAACCAUCAAUGAACUGCAGAUGGAACGGAUCUUUGAGGAUCAUGAGAACCUGGUGGAGAAUCUGCUGAACUGGACCAGAGACAGCCAGAACCGCCUAAUGUUCACAGAACGUAUUGAGAAGUAUGCUCUGUUCAAAAACCCCCAGAACUAUUUGCUGGGGCGGAAGGAGACAUGCGAGAUGGCUGAGAGAAACAAAGAGGCUCUCUUAGAGGAGUGUUUCGGCGGCAGUUCCGUGUCCGUCCCAGAGAUGGAGGGAGUGCUGUGGCUGAAAGAGGAUGGGAAGAAGUCAUGGAAGAAACGCUACUUCCUGCUAAGGGCCUCUGGCAUCUACUACGUCCCCAAAGGCAAAGCCAAGGCAUCCAGAGACCUGGUGUGUUUUCUCCAGUUGGAUCAUGUUAACGUCUACCACGGCCAGGACUACAAGAGCAAGUACAAGGCUCCUACUGACUACUGCAUGGUGCUGAAGCACCCUCAGAUCCAGAAGAAGUCUCAGUACAUCAAGUACCUGUGCUGCGAUGAUGUCAGAACCCUCCAACAAUGGAUCAACAGUAUUCGCAUCGCCAAGUAUGGGAAGCAGCUGUACAUCAACUUCCAGGAGGCAAUGAGGAGGACGGAGGCAGCCUACGACUGGUCCUCCCUCUCCUCCUCUUCAAUCAAGUCAGGAUCCAGCUCCUCCAGCCUUCCAGAAUCCCAGUCUAACCACUCCAGCCAGUCUGACAGUGGUGUGUCAGAGAUGGCGUCAUCAGGCCACACCCGGUCCCAGAGUGUCGUCAGCUCUAUUUUCUCUGACGCCUGGAGGAGAGGAACACAAGGAGAGGGCUGCAAACAGGCCAGCACCAUCAGCCCCUCCGACUUCCCGUCCCCUCCUCCCCCGCCUCCCCCCGCCCAGCCUCCUCACCUCGACUCGUCCCCUGACUACUUCCCACCUCCCCCGAAGUUCCAUCACCCCCCGAAGGUUGCCGUGGUGAACCCCCAGCCCCAGAUGCAGCCACCUCAACAGUCCGUGCCCUCUUCCUUGUCGUCAUCGUCAUGGAAACAAGGCUCGCUGAAAAAGGGGGCAGUCCCUCCUCCGACACUGAAUCGGCGGACCAGCAACACGGCCCAGUAUGACAAUACAACUUUAAUGCCCCUCUCGCCACCUCCUAUGUCUCAAACCCCACCUCCCUCCCUGUCCUCCUAAACCUCCUCCUCCUCCCCAAUCCCCCCCACAUCCCCAAAAUCACCAGGACCGACAGCCCUGGCACUGAGGCCUCACUUCCUGGAAGACCUAAACCGCACUCUUAAGAGGAAGUCAGUGUCUCGCCAUGGCUCGCUCACCUCUUCAAACCUCAUCCCCUCCUCUAAGAUGGAGCCAGUGGCCACUAUGGACGACAUGGCGCUCCUCCCGCCUCCUCCCCCCCAGCUCAAGCAGCAGCAUCAACAGGGUGUCCGAGGACACUCCCAAACUUUGUCUCGCCACCACACGCACUCCCACUCCACCAAACAUGCCAACAUCUCAGGCUAUGCAACGCUGCGGCGAGGCCCACCUCCCGCUCCUCCAAAACGGGACCAAAGCACCAAACUGACCAGUGACUGGUAAAGGGGCAAAGACCCUGGAUGGAGCCCUAAAGAACUAUUCUGACUAAUGAGGUCUCAUUGUUCCUGCAGAGAAGAAAUAAUCAAUGUCUGUCUUGACUUGUCCGUCUCUCCUCCUCAUCCUGAACCAUACACCCUUGGAUAGAGAAAGUAGCAAGACGUCUUUCCUACUCUUAAUCUCAGAUUAUGAUUGUUCCUAUUAUCCUCAUUAUUACUAUCAUUACCAAUACAUGUUUAAUCUAAUGACAUGAGUAAAAAUAUAUAUAUGUAUAUAUAUAUCUGUAUACAAGCAAGCCAGAAAAAUCACCUAUCAA